UCCUGGCCGCAACAUUUUAGAUCAUAGCCGCGUACUUGAAUAUGUUGGCAGCAAGGUCGUGUCUUAAGGCCGCAGGUUUGUUUGUAAAACCCAAGGGAAGACCCAGGUAACAAACAGCUCUUCUUCGUUUCUCUUAAAACUUGGUUUACUUUGGGGCUUCUUCCUCCCCCCUCUCUCUCCCUCAUGCAGUUAGGGAUCCUCUCUUUCUUUGUCGCACGAAGUUAGGGCUCGAUCAGCUGCACUCCCUUUCGAUUAGGGCACCAAUCUGGCCACAUGUUUACGAAUAGUAAGAGACAAGAGGAGCGAACCGGAAAAUAUGGAACUCCAAGGCUUCAAUAUCUUCAGGAGUUGGUGACUCAGUUUCAGAGUUCAACUAGCGAAGAAUCGAAAGAGAAGAUAGUUGCUAAUUUGUCAAACUUUGCGUACGAUCCUUACAAUUAUACCUUCCUACGCCAGCUCAAUGUUUUGGAACUUUUCUUAGACUGCAUAACCGAACCAAAUGAGAAGCUUGUGGAAUUCGGCAUUGGAGGGAUCUGCAAUUCUUGUGUUGACCCAGAAAAUGGAGCAAUUAUCAGUCAAUGUGGUGGGAUUCCUCUUAUCAUUCAAUGUUUAUCAAGUCCUGUCAGAAACAGUGUGAAUUAUGCUCUUGGGGCUCUGUACUAUCUCUGUAAUGAGUCAAACAAGGAAGAGAUAUUGGUGCCCGAGGUGGUGGAUGUCAUCAAAAGGUAUGCUGCGGCUGGUGCAGUUAGUCUUUCUCGGAGGCUGCUGUCAGCAAGACCCUUGUGGAUGGUCUUUUUCUCCCCCUGAAUACUAGACUAAGGAAGAUAAUAGAGAGUUCUCAACUUCAGGGACGAUCAACAAAUUAUUUUUGAUGUAGUUACUUCGACAACCUUGACAGACAAGAUAAGAUUCAAGGGACGUCGUCAGUUUAAGUUGGAUGAGUAAUAUAAACUCGAGAAAAUUUUCAAGUGCUAAGUACAUAGUUAAGAAAGAAUACAUCUCAGUAAAUAAAAAUAGAACAGGGGAUUAUUAGGUCUAUUUGUUCCAUGUACAUUAUUUGACAUCCCUGUGGAGUUCUUGUGGUUGUGGGUGAAAAUUUUCAAAUAGGUUUCGAAAUGCCAUCACCAACUAAUCUGGUGCCUGCGGUUUGCCAACCAUAAAAAUGGUAGAGUGCAUAUAUGCUAGCCAACAACAGUAAUCUUUUACCUUCUGCUUGUUUGGUAGGUUUUGACAUAACAUGGCAUGUCUGAUUGGACUCAAAACUGGUGAAAGUUGAACGAAUUUAACUUAAUUAGUUGCAUAGUGUCAUGCGUGGUGAGGGUAGUGAAACCCGGCCAAACUUCUGUGCACGCAUGCUCCUACUCUAGUGCACAUGCUCCCUAAAUAGCACUCGACUUCAAAGUCUCAAAAUUCUUUGAGGAGUACCAAGGACAUGUCGGUGACUGUUGAUUGAAAGUGCCUGGCUAUAUAUUAUGUGCUAACCUAGCUGCUUCUGUGUUAUCCUUUCUCCUCAUUCAAAGAGCAUAGUAAUAACUGGUGUGGACGAUGUAAACCUUUGUUUCGUACUUUCUUUCCCUGUUGUUGCUUUAUGCUUCUUCGUGUUAUAUUGUGUGUUUGAUUUGUUGUCCAACAAGGGGUAUAUUUUUUCAGCUACCAUGGUUCAGCUCCACAAGAGCAUAAAUGUUUCUGCAGGUCCAGGGCUUGGGAAAGUAGCGACCUGUAGGUGGGGCUGAUAAAUGAACUUAACUGCAUGAGUUUGAGCUUGUGUUCGCUCGUUAAAAGCUCGUUCGAUGUUAGUUUGUUACUUAAACAACUCAAGCUUUAACAUUUUGUUGAGGCUCGUCAAGCUUUGAAACCAAGUUCGAACAAGUUAUUGGCCCUAUUUGUUAGCACUUAUAAGUUAGCUUUUUAGCUUGUACAACUAUUUGUUAUUUUUAAUAAGUUGUAAAAGAAAAGUUUAACCUGUUUGCUUGAA